AUGAGUGGUAAUAAAAUUAAUGUUGAUAAUAAAAAAUUAGAAGAUCAAAGUGAAAGUGAGGACGCCAAAAAUGUAGUUGAAAUAAAGGAAUGUACUAGACGAACAACAAAGAAAUUAAAUACUUACAGAAGGACCAAAAGACGACAAAAGCCCAGCAAAGAAGAUGUAGAAAAUGAAUCAAAUAGUGGUCUUAAAGCGAUAAUAGCUGAGAAUGGCUGA